AGGGUCCCACUUUUCUACGUGCCUUUUUGAAUAUCUCUGUUGUAAAGAUGUCUCACGAUCACCUGAUGAACAACUCCAUGUCGUCAGCCACGCAUCCUCCUGAACAUCACCAUUCAACGGCAGCCCUGGGACAUGAUCAUGGAUCUGGCAUGACGAUGAUGGCAAUGACCUUCUACUUCAGCUAUGAGAAUGUGCCACUGCUGUUUUCUGGACUUACAAUCAAUACUCCUGGAGAAAUGGCUGGUGCUUUUGUGGCUGUCUUCUUCCUGGCCAUGUUCUAUGAAGGCCUUAAGAUUGCCCGCGAGUGUCUGCUCCGUAAAUCCCAAGUCAGCAUUCGCUACAACUCCAUGCCAUUGCCAGGUCCCAACGGCACUAUCUUGAUGGAGACACACAAAACUGUUGGACAGCAGAUGCUGAGCUUCCCUCACCUCCUGCAGACUGUGCUGCACAUCAUUCAAGUCAUGGUCAGUUACUUCCUGAUGCUGAUCUUCAUGACGUACAACGGAUACCUCUGCAUAGCGGUGGCGGCAGGGGCAGGGACGGGCUAUUUCUUCUUCAGCUGGAAAAAGGCAGUUGUUGUGGAUAUCACGGAGCACUGCCAUUAACACUGGAUGCCUCCCAGAAGCCUCUCCACCCUGCUGCUCUCUUGAAAUGCAGCCGGCACGAGGACUGGACCAUUCCUAAGCUGAAAGAGAAACAAUAUAGAGAAAAUCAACUGGAGCUCACCGCAAGUUCCUAGCUGGGGUGUAGGGAUGUGAGGAGCUGGGGUGUGCUGCUCCCCCUUGCUGCAGGCUGGCAGCAGGGUUGACUCUUGAGGGUCCCAUGGUAGCCAUUUUUGGCUAGGAUUUGCUUUAUUCUUAGAUUAUGCCGUGAUUGAAA